AUGGGGAAAAAAGCAUUCAUAAGCAGACAUAUCGUUCUCUGUAGUAAUUCCGUCACUAAGUGCAGCAAGCCAGUGUAUGGAAUAAUUUUAAUUGACAACGAAGUAAUUUAUGAUGUUAUCACGAUCGAGAAGGACAUUCAAGUCUACGAAGUGAUUGAGAAGUACUACGAUUGAAACCCUGUUGACUGUGAAGACCUUUAUAUUUCCCCAGGCUUAAUAGACCUAAGCGUUAGAAGAGAAUGAGAAGACUAUUCUCACCUCACCAAGGCUGCAAUUGCUGGAGGUGUCUCUUUUCUUCUAGAAGAAGUCGGCUACUAUGUGGAUCACCCUACCUCAACUGGUGAACUUUUCUGUGAUAUUGGGAAAUUAGCCACAGUGGACAUCUCCAGUUUUGAAAGGAUUAGAGAACUUUCUGGGCAAGGCUAUCUGGGAGUCCGAGGGUACCUUUUUCCUCCAAGUUCUACAGUUCAAUGCAUUCCAAAUAACCUCAGCGUAGUCUUUUCAGAAAUUUCCCAGAUGCAAAUGGUUCUAUUCUUAGAUCCAACACUUGCAAAUCCGAGGAUGCUCUAUAUAGCCUCUCCUAUGAGACUGGUAGGGCUAGAAGAGAGAUUCCAAUCUUCAGCUCUGAGCGGCAGUCCAGCUAAGAUUUUUGCGGGGGCUUUUCCUGAUAAUGCCGUGGAGUCAGAAGAGUCAGAUAAAGACGAAGAAGUAGAAAUCCCAGUAGCCAGGCUUAGAAGGAUGACUUUAUGUAUUGAUAACUAUUCCACUCCUAUAAAAAGCAGAUCAAAUUCAGAUAUGUGAACUGAUGUAGCUACCAAGAAUGACCCAGAGCUCAAAAUCAACUCAAUAGCUGAAGCAGGAGAAGAAGAAGAAUUAAGUCCAAAAAAAGUGAGGAAAAACCUGCAUACAAUUUUCGAUGACCUAGACAAAAGGAUCAAGGAGAGCUACCAAAGUAUUGAGAACCUAAGUUUGGCAGAGCAAAACACAUAUACAAACUCAGGGUCUACUAAUUUUACUUCUCUAUCUCCUAGUAGGUGCAAUCCGAUAGAUAGCGAGCAUAAGCAAGAAAACUCUUAUCGCUCUAGGAUAGAAAAACGACGACCUCCCUCUUUAAGUAUUAAAACAGAAGACAAAACAAUCAAAGAGCAAGCAUAUUUGUACCAUCUUGCAAACUACCCAGACCAUUGGGAAACUUCAGGAGUAGAAAAAGUGAUCCAAGAGCUAAAGAAAUCAAGUUGCAGAGUUCACAUCACAAAUAUAUCAUCAGCUGCAGCCAUUAAUAGAGUGAGGCAGGCAAAAGAUGAAUUCCCGCUGCUCACUUGUGAAAUCCCGGCUUAUCAUUUAAGCUUUACAAGUGCUGCAAUUAAGGAUGGAGACACAAGAUUCAAAACAAGCCCUCCAAUUAGAAAUCAGUCAAAUUUAAUGCUUCUGUGGGACUUGCUGAAGAUGAAUGCAAUAGAUUCAAUUAGUUCUCAGCACGCAUCAAUAAAACCAGAACAUAAAGCUUUGCACUCAGGCAAUUUCCAAAAAGCUUUAAAUGGAAUAAACUCAUUAGGCUUCACACUACAAGCUGUCUGGACUAUGCUCAAUGCUCCUGCGUCUACAAGUUCCCAGCUUGAGCAUUAUAUUGUAAGGCUUGCCAAAUGGUUGAGCCUGCGCCCUGCAAGGAUUUUGAACAUUGAUGACACCAGAGGUAGCAUUGAAAAAGGCAAAUAUGCAGACUUGGUAAUUUGGGAUCCUUAUGAUAGAUUUAGGGUUAGAGAAAUUUGGCUAAAUGCCAUUGAAGCUGAACAUUUUGAUAGUAUGGCAUUUUCUCAGCUAAAUUUGGUCGAAAUUUUUGAUAGCAAGACAUGUCUUAUGGAAAAAAUUCGGACAAAUUUACUCGAAGAACUAUCAAGCACUUCUAGCAAAAAGUAUGCACCUGAGAAAUUCAAUCACAAUAUCCUGAAGUUUCUCCUUUUAUAAAUAUGGACCUGAUGGGGAAAAUUCACCAGGUUUAUCUGAGAGGAAAACUUGCUUUUUCCAACAAUGAGUUCUACCCAAGAGGGAAAAAAGUAUUAAAAUUAGAUGCUUAA